GUUAAUUUCUUUCCUGAGCUGCCUAAGCUUUUACCCACAAACACAAGAAGAAAGAAAAAAAUCACUCUUCGUUAUUUCCUUUAGAAUCAAAACUAUAUCGGAUCUGUUUUCCCCGUGUGCAUAUACACAUACACAUAUGUAUAUGUGUUAAUAUAUAUAUAUAUGUAUAUGUAGAUGUGGGUGUGAUAAAUGGAGACAAGCAACAGAGGUGAAGUAGUGUACGACGCUUACGAGGCGAUGAUUUCGAGCGAGAUCGAGGAGGAAUCUGCGAGUUACGGAGUGGGUGGAGCGACGAUGGACGUGAUCGAAGAAGAAGCUUUUGAAGGUAUGAGUGAGUUUUCUAACGGCGGCGGAGGAGACGACGUCGUUUAUGUGGCGGUGGGAAAGAGCGAGUCGAGCAUGGAUGCUCUUUCAUGGACGCUCAACCAUCUUAUCAGAACUUCCUCCACCAUCGUCUACCUCCUCCACAUCUUCCCUGAAACUCAUCACAUUCCAACUCCCUUGGGAAAGCUUCCCAAAAGUCAAGUAAGUCCACAACAAGUGCAGAAUUACUUGACCCAAGAAAGAGGCAAGAGAACCCAACUCCUUCAAAAGUUCAUCAAUGCCUGCUCUGCCUCCAAGGUGAAGGUAGACACCAUCUUAAUCGAGAGUGAUCUGGUUGCCAAGGCCAUUCUUGACCUCAUACCUAUUCUUAACAUAAGAAAGCUGGUUCUUGGAACUACCAAAUCUACUUUGAGAAAAUUGAGGUCGAGAAGAGGAAUUGGAAUAGCUGAUCAGGUACUGCAAGGUGCAUUGGAGUCAUGUGAGAUCAAAAUCAUAUGUGAAGGAAAAGAAGAGAUGAUUUCUUCAUCCUCUCCAAUUACACCCUGUGAUGAUUCCAAACCUACUCAAGAUCAACGAUUACAAGACCAACGUCAAGAUCAAGAUAACAGUCAACCCACAGACUCUUUUUCGUCCCAUCAGACUGAUCCGGCCCACACUCGGCCCAAAAUGAAGCCCAAUUAUCCAGCACAGAACCCGAACCGAUAACCAGAAAAACGGAAGGUGAAACAAGUAGAGACGCCAAAAUCAGAAACCAGAGGAGUAGAAAGCGGAGCAAGAGGAUAAGAGGGAAACAGUCUUUGUUUCGGAGGAAUUUGAGGAGUUUGCGGGAAAAAAGAACGGGAAAAAACUAGAUUCCAGUGAGUUAUUGGGAGCUUUUUGAACCUUCUUCAAGUUUUAGAACUGAGUAGCUGGGAG